AUAAUGAUUUUUCCUUUCACAAAAAUUAAACAGCGAGAGGAAUUACGGCAGGUUAUACGGCAUACUUCAAUUUGGUUAAAUUAGUUUAAAUGGUCAAUUAAAUUUACAAAUUGGUAGAUAAAUUAAUUCGCUUAGUGAAUUUGGGUGAUGCAUAGUUGGUGAUAUUAUAAAUUGGUCAUAUUAAUCAUCAUCAAAGUUCAGAGAAAUGGGGUCCCUUUUCCGCAGUGAGGAAAUGACCCUGUGUCAACUUUUCCUUCAAAGUGAGGCUGCUUAUGCCUGUGUGUCCGAAUUAGGUGAACUUGGUUUAGUGCAAUUUAGAGACUUGAAUCCAGAUGUGAAUGCAUUUCAAAGAAAAUUUGUCAACGAAGUAAGGCGUUGUGAUGAAAUGGAAAGAAAGCUACGGUACUUGGAAAAAGAAAUCAAGAAGGACGGUAUACCUAUGCUUGACACUGGCGAAAACCCGGAAGCGCCCCAGCCGAGAGAAAUGAUCGAUCUUGAGGCAACUUUUGAGAAAUUAGAAAACGAACUCCGAGAAGUGAAUCAAAAUGCAGAGGCAUUGAAACGAAAUUUCUUGGAAUUAACGGAGUUAAAGCAGAUCUUACGAAAAACCCAAGUAUUUUUUGACGAGCAGCACGAGGGGGGUGUAAACCCUACUGAAUCUAUGACCCGGGCCCUCAUUAGUGACGACUCUAUAGCUCGCCAAGGCAACCUCGGCUCCGUACAGCUGGGUUUGCCGGAAAAAACGUACGAAACGGAAGAAUUCUUUCCAUGCUUUGUUGCUGGUGUGAUUCUUCGAGAACGUAUACCUGCAUUUGAGCGAAUGUUAUGGAGAGCCUGUCGGGGUAAUGUAUUUCUUCGUCAAGCCGAAAUAGAAACUCCUCUGGAAGAUCCGUCAACGAGUGACCAAGUCUUCAAAUCAGUUUUUAUAAUAUUCUUUCAAGGGGACCAGUUAAAAACUCGUGUGAAAAAAAUAUGCGAAGGGUUUAGAGCAACAUUAUAUCCAUGUCCGGAGGCCCCUGCCGAUCGAAGGGAGAUGGCAAUGGGAGUUAUGACUCGAAUAGAAGAUCUGAAUACUGUGUUAGGCCAAACUCAAGAUCAUCGCCAUCGUGUUCUUGUCGCCGCAGCUAAGAAUAUCAAAAAUUGGUUCGUUAAAGUUAGAAAAAUUAAGGCUAUCUACCAUACUUUAAAUUUGUUCAAUUUGGAUGUUACGCAAAAGUGUCUCAUUGCGGAGUGUUGGGUGCCAGUGUUGGAUAUUGAAAAUAUUCAGUUGGCAUUGAGGAGAGGAACGGAACGGAGUGGCAGUUCUGUGCCUCCAAUUUUAAAUCGAAUGGAAACCUGUGAAGACCCUCCCACUUACAAUCACACCAAUAAAUUUACUUCUGCCUUUCAAGCAUUAAUUGAUUCAUAUGGAAUUGCUUCCUAUCGAGAGAUGAAUCCGGCACCUUACACUAUUAUCACGUUCCCGUUCUUAUUUGCAAUCAUGUUUGGUGACGCCGGGCAUGGACUACUCAUGACCCUUUUUGGCUUGUGGAUGAUUUUAAAAGAAAAACCAUUGGCUGCCAAGAAAAUCGAUAGCGAGAUUUGGAACAUAUUUUUUGGAGGUCGUUACAUUAUCUUCUUAAUGGGUGCAUUUUCCAUGUAUACAGGAAUGAUGUAUAAUGAUAUAUUUUCAAAGUCGUUUAACAUAUUUGGAUCUGCGUGGAAAAUUCAUUACAAUAGUUCCGUUAUCUAUGAUGAGAUUGAAAUGACGCUAAAUCCUUCCACUUCAGACUAUAGUGGAUCCCCAUACACAUUUGGGUUGGAUCCUGUUUGGCAAUUAUCGAAAAACAAAAUUAUUUUUCAGAACGCCUAUAAAAUGAAGAUUUCUAUUAUAUUUGGCGUUUUGCAUAUGUUGUUCGGUGUUGUAUUGGGUUUGUUUAAUCAUAUGUAUUUCAAAGAUAAGAUAAAAAUAAUUUGCGAAUUCAUCCCUCAGCUUAUAUUCUUGUGUUUCUUGUUCUUGUACAUGGUUCUCCUAAUGUUCAUUAAAUGGCUGAUGUACUACCCAACAGAUGAUAAAGACAAGAUAACUUACAGCCCUCAUUGCGCACCGUCGAUAUUAAUUAGUUUCAUCAAUAUGGUUUUAUUCAAAGAGCCUAACAAAGUUGAAGAUUGCGCUGAUUAUAUGUAUAAUGGUGAAAUGGGCAUUGAAAGAUUUCUCGUGGUAAUAGCAGUGAUUUGUGUUCCAUGGAUGUUGCUAGCGAAACCAAUUUAUAUAAUGCGAAAUCAAAAGAAAUCCAACUAUAUGGUUUCCCAUGAGCAAAUGAAUGCUGCAACCGAAAACGGAGAUGCAGAGCAACCUGCACAUAACAACACGGUUCAUCGUGUUGAAGGAGGACAUGGUAGUCAUGCCGAAGAGGAUUUAGGUGAACUGUUUAUUCAUCAAGGAAUUCACACUAUUGAAUACGUUCUGGGAUCUGUUUCUCAUACUGCAUCAUAUUUACGUUUAUGGGCAUUAUCUCUUGCUCACGCACAAUUGUCGGAAGUUUUAUGGCAGAUGGUACUAAGUAAAGGUUUAAAAGUUCAAGGCUUCGAAGGGGGUAUUGCCUUAUACAUAAUAUUUAGUAUAUGGGCCUCUUUAACAGUUGCAAUUUUGGUUUUAAUGGAAGGACUGUCUGCAUUUCUGCAUACAUUACGUUUGCAUUGGGUCGAGUUUCAAAGCAAGUUUUAUUCAGGAAUCGGUCAUGGAUUUCAACCUUUCUCUUUUGAGACUAUUCUUGAUUCCGCUGCAACACAAACUGCAGAUGAAUAAUUCCAUAAAUAAAUAAAUGUUCUAAAUAAUUGUAAUUUUUCUAGAUUGUACUUAAUUCUGCCGUUCAUCCUUCACCGUAAAAUAAAGUAUCCCGACCAAAGUGUGGUGCUACAUAAUUUCACGUUUACCUGCUGUAGAUAUUUAUUGACAGUUAUUUAAAUUGUUGUAUUGACAAAAAUUGCAUGAUCGAUGUAGAUAUGAUGUUAUCUAAGCUUUGUUUUUGACAUAAAUUAGAAGUUGAUUAUUUAUAAUUUUCGUGAUGUUCGUAGUCCUGUGAAAUAUACAUGUAUCGUAAA